AAAUUUGAAAUGUAAAUAGAAACUGUUGGGUACAAAGCGCUCUCUGUUGGAAAAGCGUAAUCGAUUUGCAACCUUAUUCGCGCGUCGACGUCGCGACGCCGACGCCAAGACGAUCGUACAAUAAAUUCACAACAAAUGGACUGCUAUUUUUGUCUUGGCACAAAUGACAACCACGUGACGUUGUACUCAUUCGUUUAGCACAUUAAUAUAUACAGUAAUAUAAUCCUGUACAUGCAUCUAGCAUGUACAAUGGUAUGUAAUAAACACAUAUGCAUUGGUAGAGAUGUCAAUUCAUUAAAUUGUGAAUUAACGCGACGCCAUUUGUUUUACGAAAAUAUCAAGUGUCGUGCUCCACGGAAGUAAUUUUUUAUUUGCAAGCGGAAAGUUAACAAUGGAAGGUUUAUUACGAGUGCAAAAUCCAGUGACUGCAAGGUCAUAUUUGGGAGAUGAUACAACAUCAACGUGUGCGCUUAUCACACCUUCUCCACCUACAAACGCACUCAUAAACCCAUUGCCGGAAGAACAAGAAAACAUUGACAAUUACAUAAAUCCAGAUGAGCUUGCCAUUAAAUUGAAACACAUGAAAGAUAUAGAUCAGUCAGAUAAAAAAUCUACUUCUUCCAGUAACUGCUCAUUAGCAGAACCUCCAUCGACAACCUUACUGAACAAUCACUAUCUUCAUAUGCCCAAAGACGAAAAUAUUGUCACUCAGGAAGCCCCUGGUAAAGUGCAACCGUUACAAAUGACUUUUAAGAAUCCUCCCGAAAAUUAUUUCUUUAUGAAAUGGAACUGGAUUCUAAUAAGGAAAAUUUCGGCUUGGAUGUUCUUGUCGAUCAUGGUAGCAAUGUUGGGGAUUGUUAUAGCAAUGAUUUGGACUCUGCCGAAAAAAUGUAACCCCGUCACGCAAUGGUAUCAAGGGAAUUUAAUGUACGAAGUUUUUCCCGCUAGUUUUCCCGAUACGAACGGUGACGGUAUAGGAGAUUUCAAGGGGCUCUCCCUUAAGGCAAACUAUCUCAAAUCAUUAGGAGUACGAAUAUUACGUUUGAACUCCAUUUUUGUAUCAAAAGAUUAUCCGGAUGAUUACAAAAACAACACGUCGCUUACGAAAAUUGCCACGCCGCUGGGAGAUAUAAAAGAUUUUGCAAUAAUGGUAAAUACAAUGCAUACGAAAAACAUUUCGCUUGUUCUCGACCUGCCACUUUGGCCGUAUUUAAAAAAACUAGGACAUCUUGAAGAGAAACUGAAUUUGAAUUCGACGAAUGCGAUAGUAGAUGAUCCCGUAGGGGACAUAACAGAGUUUUGGCUGGAGAAAGGAGUCGAUGGUUUUUUUUUGCAAGGUAUCGAACAUUUCGCGAACAGCAACGACUUUCCGAAAUUCUUGAGACGUUGGAAGAAAAUUGUCGGCCAAGACAAAAUCCUUAUAAUAGACGAAGCAGUUUUAAACGUGGCACCCAAAAGUUCCGUAAAUACCAUUUACAUGAAUGUCGAUCUGGUAAAGGUCAACGUACCUAUAGAAGAAGGUACGCUUAAACUAAGCAAUUUUUUUUCGUCGAUAUUUAACAGUACGCUGUUUUCGAAAGCUAACAUGCCUUGGAUCCUAUGGACUUUGGGUGAUGAGUCCAGCGUGCGUAUGGCUGAUCGUCUUCCUUACAAAAACGGGACUUUAGGGGCUACACUUCUACAAAUGAUGCUUCCUGGGACACCCUGUAUUUUUUAUGGUGAUGAAAUAGGCCUGACACGAAUCAUUGAUUUGCAUGGAGACAGGAAAGAUGUUGAACAUUUACACCAUUUAGCUCCAAUGAAAUGGGAACAAACCGAAAGACAAUUUACUCGGAAAGAUUUAUUACCAUGGAAUCAUGGGAUUCAAGCGACCGUCAGUUUCAAUCAGUUAGAACUCAUUUCUAAAGCAGUCAUUUUACGAAGUGAUUCGCCAGCGAUUUACUUAAAUUCUAUUAACAGGGAUGGCGUAAACAAAGCAAAUGCGGAAGUAAAAUAUGCGAACGAUGAAAUCAUGGUACUGCAUAGAUGGUACCCAAGGAGAAAAUCGUACGUGGUUCUAUCCAAUUUGGGCAAAAAUCGUUUUGAAGCCGAUUUAUCGAAAUAUUUGUACUCCGGAGAAAUUAUAAUAGGACCCACACCCGAAUCGAAACUAGAAAGUCUAUCCUUUAAAAAUAUAUCCCUUUGGCCAGGUGAAUCAGUAAUAGUAUUCGUUAAUUAAUCUUUUUUUUUUAUUACAUAUUUCUCAAACAAAACAGACCAAACAUUUUGAAUAGUACCGUUUUAAAUAAACUUGUAAAGUUAU